AUGCGAGUAAGUCCCCGUGUGUCUGUAACUUUGAUUCUGCUCCUCGCGGUUAUCGAGGUGAAGGCUAGUGGGGAGUAUUGUCACGGUUGGCACGACUCAGAGGGUACCCGGAGAGAGGGCUUUCAAUGUCCGGAGCGAUUCGAUAGCGACGAUGCCAUCAUCUGCUGUGGACAAUGCGAGCUUCGAUACUGCUGCACAAACAGCGACGCGCGGCUGGAUCAGGGGACGUGUGAGAACGACAAGCAGACCCGCGAGUCAGACUCAGACAGCAAGGAAAACAAAAGUAAUGGUGCAGUGCCUAUAUAUGUGCCCUUCCUGGUCGUGGGUGCUGUGUUUGUAUGCUUUGUGUUGCUAGGCUCUGUGGUGGCCAUGUGCUGCUGCCGCUGUCUUCGUCCCAAGCAGGAACAGUCCCCAGUGUCCGCGGCUGGGGGCAUGGCUGGAGGUGGGCCCGGAGCAGGGCCAGGGCAUCUGCCGGAGGCCAUCCCCAUGAUGGCAAGUGCUGGGAUGUCCUGUGACUCAUCUUCACAGCAGUCUAGCGCAGCUGCCAGCUCUUCUACCCACUCCUCAGUCCAGCCCCUGCCUCUCCUUUGCACACAGGCAGGGUGCUCCCUGUCCCAUGAUACUGGUGUCUAUAUUAACAUGCCGCCCAAUUUCUCCCUGCUGAACUGCCAGCAGGCUGUGCAGAUCCUGCACCCCCAGUACAUUGGGUACACUAUGCAUGAGGCCAUUGCCCCCAGCCCCACCACUUUUCUCCACCCCUCACAAGGCUACUGGCCCCUCCAGACCCGUUUCCUCCCUCCUGCCAGCAUGGCUAGCGAGCCCAAGCACCCCCCUAUAACUGUGUGAUCCUUCCAUCACUUUGGAUUGACUUUGGAUAUUAUGGUUGGAGGGAUCCUACAAUGUCUGAAGAUCAGAGGUACAACUUGACUGG